AUGGUACGUCUGAGGGAAAUCCCCCGGACGGCCACCUUCGCCUGGUCCCCCGGAGCUGCAUCCCCAUUGAUCGCUACCGGAACACGGGCCGGCGCUGUUGAUGUCGAUUUCUCUAAUGAAACAUGUCUUGAGCUCUGGGAUCUGGGGUUGAGCAACGAUGAUGCUAGCCAGGAGCUACAACCUAUUGCCAAGAUUGGCACCGAUUCUGGAUUCAAUGACUUGGCGUGGACAGACUCCCAAGACAAUUCCCGGGGGGUGAUCGCUGGUGCUUUGGAGAAUGGAUCUUUGGAUUUAUGGGAUGCUGAUAAGCUGAUCAAUGGCUCGAGUGAUGCCAUCAUUUCGAGAAUGACCAAACAUUCAGGGGCUAUCAAGGCACUGCAGUUCAACCCCAAGCAUUCGAAUCUGCUAGCCACCGGUGGCGCGAAGGGAGAGCUCUACAUCUCCGAUCUAAACAACAUCGCGAACCCGUAUCGACUUGGAAGCACCGCAGCCCGCGCCGACGAUAUCGAAUGCCUGGAUUGGAACAAGAAGGUCGCACACAUUCUGGUUACUGGUAGCAGUGCGGGUUUCGUUACCGUCUGGGAUGUCAAGACGAAGAAGGAAAGCUUGACCUUGAACAACAUGGGUCGGAAAGCCGUCAGUGCUGUAGCUUGGGAUCCUGAGAAGCCUACGAAACUCAUCACGUCGACACCGUUGGAAUCUGACCCUCUGAUCUACGUUUGGGAUCUCCGCAAUUCCCACGCCCCAGAAAGGACUCUUAAAGGUCAUGAAUCCGGUGUCUUGUCGCUCUCGUGGUGUCCCCAAGAUCCUGAUCUGCUUCUGUCUUCCGGAAAAGACAACCGCACGAUCUGCUGGAACCCCCAAUCGGGACAGGCUUACGGCGAGUUCCCCGUCGUCACAAACUGGACUUUCCAAACUCGGUGGAAUCCUCACAAUCCCAACUUCUUCGCAACGGCUUCGUUCGACGGGAGAAUCUCGAUACAGACAAUCCAAAACACGCGCACAGACACUGCUCAGGCCAUUGCCGACCAGAACCAAUCGCUCGACGGUGAAGAUUUCUUCGCCAAGGCCCAGACACAGCCCCAGGUCUCCAACUUCUCCCUCCCGAAAGCACCGAAGUGGCUCGAGAGACCCUCUAGUGCAACUUUCGGCUUUGGUGGCAGAGUGGUUUCGGUUGGGUUGAUCGAGAAAGGAAAACGUGCGUCGAGGAUCAAGAUCACGCCGUUCGAGGUUGAUGAAGCCGUCGCAAAGUCUACAGAGACAUUUGAGACUGCUCUCAAGGAAGGCGAUCUCCGAAGCAUCUGCGAGACCAGAGCUUCACAGGCUGCCAGCGAAGAGGAGAAGGCUGACUGGAAGGUCAUCGAAGCUUUGAUUUCGGGAAAUCCUCGGAAAGGCCUGAUUGAAUACCUAGGUUUCCAGGAUCAAGCUGAUGAGGCUGCUGAUAAGCUGGCUAAACUCGGCCUGGAUAAAGAGGAUGUGAACGGAGAUACGCUGACAGAGUCCCGCGGGUCGGGAGCGAAGAAGCACAAGCGUUUGCAAUCGAUGUUUGACGCUAACCCAGAGGCCGACAGCUUCCUGUCCGAUUUGGCUGCAUCCAAGGGAGCCAAGACAAAUAAUCCCUUUCAUAUUUUCACUGGCUCUGAGUCUGAAGCAGAGCAGGGCAUUACUCGAGCUUUGCUUCUUGGCAACUUUGAGAAGGCGCUCGAUGUGGCUUUGAAAGAGGACCGGAUGUCCGACGCGUUCGUGAUCGCAAUCUGCGGAGGCCAGAAGUGUAUCGAGAAGGCGCAGGAGCAUUACUUCUCGAAGCAGACCGGUGGACCUAACUAUACCCGCCUGCUUGCUUCCAUUGUUGGCAAGAACCUUUGGGAUGUUGUGUAUAACGCCGACUUGUCUAACUGGAAAGAGGUUAUGGCUGCGUUGUGCACAUUUGCUGACGACAAGGAGUUUGCCGAUCUCUGCGAAGCUCUUGGUGACCGAUUGGGGGAGCAAAUACGAUCCACUGAUGACAAGGCUUUGCGCAAGGAUGCUUCUUUCUGUUUCCUGGCGGGAUCCAAGCUCGAGAAAGUGGUUGCCAUGUGGAUUGAGGAGCUCCGCGAGAACGAACAGAAGGGCAUUGAGACUGCUGCAGAUGACACAUCCUUCUCAAUUCACGUGCGCGCUUUGCAGGGUCUGAUCGAGAAGGUCACUAUCUUCCGCCAGGCCACAAACUUCCAAGAUACGGAACGCACGAAAGAGGCCGAUUGGAAACUUGCUAUGCUGUACGACAAGUAUAUUGAAUACGCGGAUGUCGUCGCUACCCAUGGGCGACUGCAAGUGGCUCAGAAAUACCUUGAUCUCGUUCCGGAGAAGCACCCCGAAGCCGAGAUUGCCAGAAACCGCAUCAAGCUGGCGAUGAGACAGGCUGCUCCUCAGCGUACGCAGUCGACUGUUCCCGCUGCGAGGACGACGUUGAAUAGACCUCUGCCACAAAUUAACGCAUAUCCACCUCAGCCAACCUUCUCAAGCCCUGCACCUCCCGCUCCUCAGAAUCCUUAUGCUCCUCCAACUGCCGCCCCAAGCCAGCCAGCCAAUCCUUACGCUCCUCCAGCGGCUGCCCCGAGCCAACCAAGCAACCCUUAUGCUCCUCCCACAGCAGCUGCCGCAAUCCCGCAGCCACAGGUGAAUAACCCUUAUGCACCAAUCGGUGGUGGAGGCUACACCCCUGCUGGAUAUCAACCCCCACAGGCGCCUGCAUAUGGUGUCCAGUCUCUUGGCGGUGGCUCAGUUCCUCCACCUCCCCGUGCGUCCAAUCAGUCUCCUGCUGUGACUACAUACACCACAGCUACCAAUCUACCUGCAUGGAACGACCUGCCGGAGGGAUUCACGAAACCGCCAACAUCACGAAGGGGAACCCCAGCGACCGCCGCUGCAGCUAUUAGCUCGCCUUUCCCCAACCAAUCUCCCACCUUCUCUCAAGGUCCUCCACCACCUGGAAUGCCACCCACUCAGCGUGCGCCUUCUGUCCCACCUCCGCCCAAGGGCACCGUUCCUCCUCCCAGAGUGACCUCUCCACCUACAGGAUUUACACCAGCCAGCAACCUGUCCGCCCCUCCACCUGCCGCCAACCCCUAUGCCUCGUUGCCUCAGUCUCCCCCAAUUGGAUCAACUAUGGGUAUUCCAGCACCGGCGUCAAUCCCUCGGGGCCCGUCGCCCUACAACGCGGCGCCUACCAUGCCACCACCGUCUAACAGGUAUGCGCCAAGCCCAGCGGUUCAAGCAGCAAGCCCACAGCUCGCAACGAGGGCGGCUGUCCCGCCUCCUCCACCGGCCGCUGCUUCACCAUACGCUCCCCAGCCGGCGGCGCAGCCUCCAGUUGCAAGCUCCUAUGCUCCCAGCACGCCUCCACCAAGCCAGUUGCCGAUGCAGCAAGGGCCCCCUCAAGGCCCUCCCUCGAGGCCCGGCACCGCCUCCUCUCAAAGAAAGGCUGCGCCCGCCCCUCCUAAGUACCCACCCGGCGAUCGAUCGCACAUCCCUGCGGACGCCAUGCCCAUCUUUGAGAUCCUCUCAGCAGACAUGCAGCGCGUGAAGACCCGGGCACCAUCCUCCUUCAAGGCGCAGGUCGAUGAUGCGGAGCGUCGCCUCAACAUUCUGUUUGAUCAUCUCAACAAUGAGGACUUGCUCCGACCGAAUACUAUUGCCGACAUGGCGGAACUGGCCCGGGCUAUUCAAGCCCGCGACUACGAGACAGCCAAGACAAUCCAUAUUGAUAUCAUGACAAACCGGACGGACGAGUGUGGCAAUUGGAUGGUCGGUGUCAAGCGUCUCAUCAGCAUGAGCCGCGCCACGCCUUGA